CCCCACUCGCUCAGCUGAUCAGUGUUUACAAGAACGCUGUUGCGAUGGGAUCUGUUCGCUCCGCCUCGUCCUUCUUGCGAAGUGGUCUCUUUAAGAAAUAUUACGGAUCUCCUUUGGGUGCUUCAUGUCGUGUACUGAGACAGGUUCGAGGUUGUGCCUCGUUAUCGGACCGAUGGUUGAUUAAGUCUCCGUUCAAUGAUGUGGAGAUUCCCGAGAUUUCUUACCCGCAAUAUAUUUUCGACGCCGCCAAGAAGAACGAGCAUAAGACUGCUUGGAUAAAUGGAAUGACGGGCCAAAGCAUAACACAUGGAGAGUUCCAAACCCUCAGCAGAAACCUUGGCAGUGCCCUCACGAGACUGGGCAUGAAGCAAGGAGAUGUGCUGGGUAUUGUGUCGCCCAAUUGCCCAGAAUUCGCUAUAACAUUCUUCGGUGUGGCAUCAAUAGGUUGUAUUAAUACAACAGUCAACUGUACUUACACUGCAGUGGAAAUUGCCAAGCAGUUGGAAAACUCUAGAGCCUCAUUUGUUAUGACACACCCAUUUUUGUUAACGACCAUCCAAGAAGCCUGUAAGAUCUACAAAGGUGUGAAACAUAUCAUAGUGAAUGGUCCUGCCCAGGCUGGAACUCUCUCAUUGCAAGACCUCCUAAAAGAUGAUGGGACUGAAUUCCCAGAGGAUGUCAAGAUCAAUCCAAAAGAAGACUUAAUUGUGUUGCCAUAUUCCUCUGGAACUACAGGGGUCCCCAAAGGUGUAAUGUUAACACAUUACAAUCUUGUAGCUAAUCUACAGCAGAUUACACAUCCAUCUCUAAUGUCUGUAAAAGGAACUGUACAAGAUAUAUUUUUGGGAGUCCUACCAUUCUUCCACAUCUAUGGAAUGGUGCCAUGCAUGGGUUUGUCUCUUAUGACGGGUUCCUUGACAGUAACCCUGCCAAUGUUUGACCCAAAACUCUUUGUUGAGGCAAUUGAAAAGUACAAGGUUACGUAUCUUCACACAGUUCCACCUCUGGUUAGCUUCCUUACUCAAAGUCCUAUGGUAAAGCCAGAGCUCCUGGACAAUGUACAUACUAUGGUUUGUGGUGCUGCUCCUGUUGGUCCAGUUCUGAUCAGUGAAUUCAGGAAGAAAUUCACUGACAGGAUUCAGUUCCAGGAAGGUUAUGGGUUGACGGAGGCUGCACCAGUAACACAUCUAACACCUAUCAACAGGUAUUUACCAGGUUCAACAGGUCCAUCAAUCCCUAACACUUAUGCUAAGAUUGUUGACCUAGAAACAGGUAAAAUUAUUGGACCAAAUGAAGGAACUGGAGAGCUUUGUAUAAAAGGCCCACAGAUAAUGAAGGGCUACUUUUGCAAUGAGAAAGCUACAAAAGAGACCAUAGAUGAGGAGGGUUGGCUUCACACGGGAGACAUUGCAAAGAUGGACGAGGAUGAGAAUGUGUACAUCGUUGACAGACUGAAGGAGUUGAUCAAAGUCAAGGGGUUGCAGGUUGCACCAGCAGAACUAGAAGACCUGUUAAGAGACCAUCCAGACAUAAUUGAUGUAGCAGUCAUUGGUAUCCCAGAUGAAAGAGCAGGAGAAGUACCACGCGCUUAUGUAGUGCUGUCACAAAAUUCAACCAAGACAGAAGAAGAGAUUGCACAGUAUGUUGAAGAAAAUGUGGCACCUCAUAAAAGACUGGCAGGCGGUGUUAUUUUCAUCAAUGAGAUACCCAAGCUGGCAACAGGAAAAAUCCUUAGACGAAAACUAAAGGAAACAGCCCUUGAAGAGAUGAAGAUGGCAUCGUGAUCUGGGACUUAUUCUCUGUCUUCCAAACACUGAUAAAAAAGUACAAGGAGUUGUUUUUAGUUCUGGCUUUAAGCACUUUUUUUUCCAUUUAUUUUUUUAUGAAAUUGUAUUCCAUUCUGUACCAGUUGAUAGCACAAAAGUAUUCCAUUAUUUGCCAUCUCAUUAAUGUUAUGCAUUAACAGUUAUACUUUAAUGUUAUUUCCCUUUUAUGUUUUAACAGAGUUUAGUUUUGCAUCUGCAGCUCAUACUUUAAUAUUUCCUUUUAUGUUUUAACAGAUUUUAGUUUUGCAUCUGCAGCUCAAGAUGAUAUUAUUGACAUAUAUUAUUAACUUUACCAAACAAGAAAAUAUUUUUACAGUGAAACUGUAACACACUAAAAUUGAACUAACCAUUUUAAUGUUUAUUCCAUGUGUGUUAAUUUGUCACUACAUUUUGGCAGAUUGUUAUCAGUUGUUUGGUUUGUUUUAUUACUAUUUUUUAACUGAUUGUAUGAGUCUUAAGUUCUAAUGAUUUUAUCUUGGUAAAAGUUUAUGGAUAAUCUGGCUGUUGUUGUUUUUUUAACAUGAAAUAUUUUGGAAGAAAGUCUCUUAUGUCAGUUAUGAAUUGGAACAGUACCUUGUAUAUUUUAUAAAUGACUGCUCUUUGCAGUAUUAUAUGCCAAUUUUGUUGUUACUCUUCAUUUGGUGCUUGCAAUGACAGCUGAUGUUCCAUAUUUGGUAGAUUUAUAGAUUCUAUUUUUUUAGUGAAUAUAUGUAAAUUCGGUAAGGAAGUGUACUUUUAAUGCUAAACAAACAAUAAAUCUUGUAGAAGCUGUUUUCCUGUA